AUGGCCCCUAGUGUUGGGGACCCAACGGAGAAGAAGAAGCAUAACCCUCACACGAAGAGCAUUAAAGCCAAGAAUUUGAUGUGUGAGCGCCAAGUGGAUAGGCCCGCCCACGAGCCACACGAUAAUUUGGUCCUGGCGAUUAAGGGUCAUGAGCUACACUUUUGGUUCUUGACUAUGGAGGG